AUGCCUCAUAUGGUGGGGAAGAAAGCACCAUCGCCACCCAAACGCCCAACUGAGGAGGACAUAAAGGCCGCUUUGAUGAAAUUUGAUUCCAAUGGUGAUCAUCGUCUGAGUAAAGAAGAGUUAAAGAAAGCUUUCUCAAACUUGGGCGCCUUGGUUCCUGGAUUCAGAUCUUGGCGUGGAAUGAAGCUUGCUGAUGAUGAUGGAGAUGGAUUCGUCGAUGAAAAUGAGCUUCCUAAACUUAUCAAAUACGGAGCACCAGCGCCACUCAAAUGCCCAACUGAGGAGAACAUAAAGGCUGCCUUGAUGAAAUUUGAUUCCAAUGGCGACCAACGUUUGAGUACAGAAGAGUUAAAGAUUGCUUUCUUGAACUUGGGUGCCUUAGUUCCUGGAUUCAGAGCUUGGCGUGGAAUGAAGUUUGCUGAUGGCGACGGAGAUGGCUUCGUCGAUGAAAAUGAGCUUCCAAAACUAAUCAAAUACGUUUCUUCUCUUGGAUACACCAUUAAGGCCUAG